AUUUAGUUGUGCAAAUCAAAACUCAAAACUUUCAACUUCUUUCGUACUUACUGUAGAAAUUCGUUUCCAAAUUUUAAAUAUUAAAACUCCGAUAUGAAUCCUUUUUUGCAACAUUUUCUUAAGCAUUUCCUGAUCUUAAUAUCCAUAUUCUUCAUUUCUGUUCUCAUUGAAGUUUAUAUAGCACCCCGUCUGCCAAACUUUAAUACGAGUAAGUCACUUCAUCAGGAUGCGAACGAGGCAAUGGUCCAGGAUGCAGACAGCUGCACCAUUGAGCAGCUUGAGGAUGAGCGUUACUUGAAAAUUAGCUGCCGCAUGCGACAGCCGCGCUCUGUGCCCACGGACUACGGACGCGGUCUGCUUUUUAUGGUGCCGAAUGUUUCGCAACAUCUACCGCGCCAAUGGAACCUCAGAGUGCCCAGGGAUUCGGUGGUGGGACUCAAUGAGCUAGCAGCCAAAUCACGCAAAUAGAUUCAACAAAUUAUCACGGCUAUAAAUCUACUCGUGCAUAAAAUAAAUAAUCGCCAGUGAAACAAUCAGUGCAGCAAGGGCUGAGCAAUCUA